AUGCUCCGCCGUCGUUUGGCCAAGGAUGAUAAGGACGACGCCCCGUCGGAGCCCAAUGAUGCUCAGCCAGCCUCCUCGCCCUCGUCCAGGCCUCCUCCACCCGAGAAAUUCGGCUCCUUUGUCACGAAACCGCGCAGUAAGCGUCGCAAUGGUCUGAUCUUCGCGUUGGGCGGCCUCUUCGGCAUUUUGGUGGCCGUCCUCUUCGCCAACCAACAGGACGUCAUCAGUUUGGAGUCGCUGAUGGACUUGAACUUGGACUCGUUGAUGGAUGUGAUUCCGCAGGGCAUUGUUAGGGAUGCGAGGGAGUUUUCGCAGCAUGAACGCGACACGGUCAAUUAUGACUCCUUCUCUGUCGGACUUCAUCUUCAAUCGCAAGGGUUCGAGGCCAAACAUCCUGUUGUUAUGAUCCCCGGGGUGAUCUCCACCGGACUCGAGAGUUGGGGAACGGGCACGCAGUCCCGGCAGUACUUCCGCCGUCGGCUUUGGGGCAGUUGGAGCAUGAUGCGCGCCCUAGUUCUGGAUAAAGCGGAGUGGAAGAACCAUGUCAUGCUAGAUAAGAAGACGGGGAUGGAUCCGCCGGGAAUUAAGCUCCGGGCCGCACAGGGGUUUGAUGCGACCGAUUUCUUCAUUACUGGUUACUGGAUCUGGAACAAGAUUCUCGAGAACCUGGCGACGAUAGGAUAUGACCCGACCAACGCCUUUACGGCGGCGUACGACUGGCGACUAGCGUACCAGCAUCUGGAAAUCCGCGACCAGUACUUCAGUCGGCUCAAGUCCUACGUGGAGACCGCCGUUCAGGUGCGUGGCGAGAAGGUGACCCUGGCUUCGCACAGUAUGGGUUCGCAGGUGGUGCUAUACUUCUUCAAGUGGGUUGAGAGUGACGAUCAUGGCAAGGGAGGGAAAGACUGGGUGAACAACCACAUCGCCUCUUGGAUCAAUGUCAGUGGCUGCAUGCUGGGCGCCGUCAAGGGGCUCACGGCCGUCCUAUCGGGAGAGAUGCGCGACACGGCCCAGCUGAACGCAUUUGCCGUGUAUGGACUAGAGAAGUUCCUGUCUAAGGAAGAACGCGCGGAGAUCUUCCGCGCCAUGCCGGGCAUCUCGAGCAUGUUGCCCAAGGGCGGCGAAGCGGUCUGGGGCAAUUCCACCUGGGCCCCGGAUGAUCAGCCGGGCCAGUCGAUGUCGUUCGGCACCCUGUUGAACUUCCGCGAGACCAACUCCUCCCUCACGGCGAAAAACCUGACCACCCCGGAGAGUCUGUCGUAUCUGCUGGAUCAGAGCGAUGACUGGUACCGCGACCAGGUGCUCAACAGCUACUCGCAUGGCGUCGCGCACAGCACUAAGGAAGUCGAGGCCAACGAGAAGGAUCCUCGUACCUGGUUGAACCCCCUCGAGGCCCGACUGCCGCGGGCCCCGGACAUGAAGAUCUACUGUCUGUAUGGCGUCGGCAAACCCACCGAACGCAGCUACUUCUACCAGGAGGAACGCGACCCCCUGGUCAACCUGAACGUCAGUAUCGACACCACGGUCACCAACAACGACGGUGUCGACCACGGCGUUGUCAUGGGUGAAGGUGACGGGACCGUCAAUCUACUGAGUACGGGCUACAUGUGCGCCAAGGGCUGGCAUAUCAAGCGGUAUAAUCCCGCGGGUGCCAAGAUCAAGGUAUAUGAGAUGCCUCAUGAGCCAGAUCGAUUCUCACCCCGCGGUGGUCCCAACACAGGUGACCACGUCGACAUCCUCGGCCGCGCCUCUCUCAACGACCUCAUCCUCCGCAUCGCCAGCGGCCACGGCGACGAAAUCGAAGAGACCUUCGUUUCGAAAAUCAAAGAAUACGCCGAUCGAGUCAAGAUUUACGAAGAAUAA